AUGGGGAUCAUCUCAAGGAAGAUCUUUCCUGCUUGUGGAAGUAUGUGUGUUUGUUGUCCUGCUUUGAGGUCAAGAUCAAGACAGCCUGUCAAACGUUACAGAAAAUUGCUUGCUGAUAUCUUCCCUAAAUCCCCGGAUGAGCUUCCAAACGAAAGGAAAAUUGUCAAAUUAUGUGAAUAUGCUGCCAAAAACCCUUUUCGGAUUCCCAAGAUAGCAAAAUAUCUCGAAGAACGAUGCUACAAAGAACUGAGAUCUGAGCACAUCAAACUAGUUAAGAUUGUAGCAGAAUCUUUCAUCAAGUUGCUUUCCAUUUGUAAGGUGCAAAUAACAUAUUUUGCUGUUGAUGUUCUUAAUGUGAUUUCGGAGCUCUUGGACUAUUCCAAGGAUGAGACUAUUCAGACACUUGGUUGCCAAUCCUUAACAAGGUUCAUCUACUGUCAGGUAGAUUCUACUUACACUCAGAACAUUGAGAAAUUGGUGAAGAAAGUCUGCAUGCUAUCACAGGAGCCCGGUGAAACACUCGAAAAGUGUAGCUUGAGGGCAUCGAGCUUGCAAUGUCUAUCAGCAAUGGUUUGGUUCAUGACUGAAUUUUCACACAUUUUUGCUGAUUUUGACGAGAUUGUUCACGCCACUUUAGAUAACUAUGAGUGGAGUAGACGAAGUGAAGAUGCUGACAGGACAGAGGCUCAUCACAAUUGGGUGGAAGAGGUUGUUCGGAGUGAGAGCUGGACUGGUUCUUUUGUUGGUAAUGACAAUCGCUCUAGUUGCUUGAUUAUUCAACCACGACCCGAAGUAAAGGAUCCUUCCCUCUUAACGAGAGAAGAAGUUGAAAAACCAGAAAUAUGGGCUCAAAUAUGCAUUCAAAGACUGGUUGAAUUAGCCAAGGAAAGCACAACUAUGCGUCGUGUAUUGGAUCCAAUGUUUGUCUACUUCGAUUCAAGGCAACAUUGGGCUCCUCAGGAUGGUUUUGCACUGAUGGUUUUGUCUAGCAUGACCUACUUCAUGGAGAGCACAGGGAAUCAUCGAUUUAUUCUAGCUUCUGUGAUACAUCAUCUGGACCACAAAAAUGUUACGAAUGAUCCCCAACUUAAAUCGCAUCUCAGGAAAAGUUUUCAGGCCUCAAGUGAAGUUGUUGGUGAACAAGAACUAAACUUGAAUCUCUCACUCCAAAGUUCCAUUGAAAACUGCUUACUGGAAAUUGCUAACGGGGUCAUCGAUGCGCAGCCACUGUUUGACUUGAUGGCAAUAACCCUAGAAAAUAUUCCGUCUGGUGUUGUUGGUAGAGCAACCAUUGGAUCAUUGAUUGUCCUUGCCCGAGCACUCACUUCAGCAUUGGCCAACUUACGAUUGCAGCAGGGAUUUCCUGAAUCUCUUCUCAUGCAACUCCUAAAAGUAAUGUUGCACUCAGACAUAGAGGCUCGCAUUGGAGCACACCUUAUAUUUUCUGUACUUCUUUUACCGAAUUCCUUCCAUACGCAAGAAGUUUCUUCGCUGCGGUCCAGAUAUCUAGAUCAGCGAAGCAAAAAGAAUUCUCAUACUGCAGCUGCAUCUGCUUCAAUUACAGCUUUACUCGAAAAACUCCGCAGGGGCAAAGACAGUACAAAUGCAGAUCACGGGAAUGUUGUUCAUGAUGACAAAGAAAGAGAUACUGUGGCCGAAGAGUGGAAGCAAGGCCGCGGCUUAAAGACUUCACCUAACUUUUACAAACUCAGCUCAAUCAUUGAUAGGGCUACAGGAUCAACGAGUUUGACUGACCCGGAACCAUAUGUUAUGAAGCUAAGUGAAGAUCAAAUGGGCCAGCUUCUUUCUGCCUUUUGGAUUCAGGCCAACCUUCCUGAUAACUUGCCUUCAAAUAUUGAAGCUAUAGCUCAUUCAUUCAUAUUGACACUAACUGUUUUGCGCAUAAAGAACCUAAAAGACCGAGAUAACCUGGUGAUCCGCUUCUUCCAGCUUCCUUUAUCUCUCUGGAAUAUGUUGUUGGAGAAUAAUGGAAUGUUGCCUCCAGCAGGUCAGAGGUCUAUCUUUGUGUUAUCCGCGGGGAUGUUGAUAUUUGCCUGCAAAAUAUAUCAGAUCCAUGAUCUGAAUGACAUGUUCACUUCGUUAUCAAAAUCUGAAGUUGAUCCGUUCUUGGGAAUCAGUGAUGAUAAUCAAGUAUAUGCUAAGUCGCAUAUGGAUUUACGAGAGUAUGGUACUGCUGCUGAUAGUCAGUUAGCCUUGUCAACAUUAUCUGAGUUGAGGAACACAAUAUCUGAAUAUGACCAGACCGUAAAAAAUGUUUUGGUUCAUAAUUUGACGAAAUUCGUUGAGCUGGAUGCAGGUAACCUGGCUAUGCUACUGUCAGAGCCAUUUAAGCCUGAUGAAGACUUUGUGUUUGGUCCACAGUCAAUCUUUGAUCAGAAUCAAUUGACUUGUCAUUCUCAAGAGUCACUAUCGAUUGACGAGGAUUUUCCCUCAAAUUCAGGAGGUGAAGACGAUACAAUCAGUGAAGCUUCUGUCUCUGACCUUUCUCGAUUCAUUCCAAAGAUGCCUGUUUCCCCUCCCCAGCCUCAUGUUAUCAGCAUCGGGCAACUUUUGGAAUCGGCACUAGAGGUAGCGAGUCAAGUGGCAGGAACGACAGUCUCCACUUUGCCUCUCCCAUACAACGCUAUGGUUAGUCAGUGUGAAUCACUUGGGACAUGUGCACGUAAGAAGCUUUCAAAUUGGUUGACUGUCGAGAAUCUUUACACUCAAUCACCUGAUCAGUCGUUUCUAGCCAUGGCUCGUAACAGUAACACAGCACUUGAAAAGGAAGCAUACGAGGGUGAGAAUGCACAAGUAGCUGCACUGUCUAGGGACCCCAUGAAGCUGCCUCCUGCUAGCCCAUUUGAUAAUUUUCUCAAGGCUGCUGGGUGUUAA